AUGCUAUCUCUUUACCCAACUCCCAAUGCCACUCCCCUCAGCUCACCAACCACCUUCUCUCCAUCUUUCUCCCCACCUCGCUCAACCAGGUUCAGAAUGUCGCACGGUUCUCUUCCCCCUCUCCCCGAAAACCGAAUCGUCCUCAGCGUCGGCACGGUGGGCGUCGAUUUCUUGGCCGCCGUGGCCUCUUACCCUAAUCCGGACGACAAAAUCAGAACCACCAGCUUAACGGUUCAAGGAGGUGGAAACGCGGGUAAUGCUUUAACUUGUGCAGCUCGUUUGGGCUUAAGUCCGAGACUGAUUUCCAAGGUUGCAAAUGAUACACAAGGCAGGGGCAUACUGGAGGAGCUACAGGCCGACGGCGUAGAUACUUCUUCUGUUGUGGUUUCCGAGGAGGGUAAUUCACCGUUUACCUACAUUAUUGUUGACAAUGAAACGAAAACUCGCACUUGUAUUCAUACUCCAGGAUAUCCUCCCAUGAUACCAAGCGACCUUUCCCAAACAAGUUUAUCAUCUGCAUUGGAUGGAGCAAGAGUGCUUUAUUUAGAUGGACGAAUACAUGAAACUGCUUUACUUGUUGCACAGGAGGCUGCUCGCAAGAAUGUACCUAUAUUAGUUGAAGGUGAACGGAUAAGAGAAGGGCUGGAUGAUCUUCUAAAACUAGCUGAUUAUGCUAUAUGCUCAGCAAAAUUUCCACAGGCAUGGACAGAAGCAGCAUCCGUUCCAAGUGCUCUUGUUUCGAUUCUUGUGAGAUUGCCAAAGAUCAAAUUUGUGAUUGUGACAUUGGGUGAAGAUGGAUGCAUAAUGCUUGAGAGAAGUGUGGAUGAGGCUCCACAGACAGAAGAAAUGGAUGUUGAUAGCUUGCUAGAAUUGCUGAAGCAGAGAAAAGAUGAUAACAUUGCUAUCCCGACAUGUGUUUCAUCGCCUGUGACAAAAUUGAGAGCCAACGGAGUAGGGACGGUUUGUGGGAGGUUGUUUGUGGGAACAGCUGAGAAAGUACCACCCUCAGAACUUCAAGAUACAACAGGUGCUGGAGAUAGUUUUAUCGGAGCAGUUCUCUAUGCUAUUUGCUCCAACAUGCCGCCAGAGAAAAUGCUGCCAUUUGCUGCUCAAGUGGCAGCUACCUGCUGUAGGGCUUGCGGAGCUCGAACUGGUCUUCCACACCGCACAGAUGCACGCCUGGCAUCAUUUUUAUCUUAA